CAGACGACGAAGUGCCCACGGAGCGACUGACAACAGAGGCUACCGGCUACCGUGCUACCCGGUCCUACCGUUCAAAAUACUUGUUCGCUCCGUUCGUCAUCUGCUGUUCGAUUUGACGGCUUGAGAAAUUUCGAACUCGUUGGAAGUGUCCCGUGAGAGACAGCAUUCACCAUGUCGUUUAUGGACGUGGAAGUGCCAAGGAUUGACAGGUUGUUCCACGAUGAUCCGUACCUAAAGCCGUUCGAGAACGAAAUCAAGCGCAGGUAUAAGUGCUUCCAAGACAUAGUUGAAAGCAUAGAAGCAUCAGAAGGCUUAUUAAACUUCUGCAAGAGCUAUCAGGAAUUUGGAAUCCACUGUCUUCCUGACAACAGCAUAUUGCAAGAAUGGGCACCAGGAGCAGAAGCUGUUUUUAUACGUGGAGAUUUCAAUGGAUGGGACCGAUUAACACACCGUUAUAAGAAUGGACUUGGAAAAUGGGAGUUGACAAUUCCACCAGAUGGUGACGGCAAUUGUGUCAUCAAGCAUCUCAGUCGUGUCAAGAUUGUCAUAAUGACCAAGAAUGGAGAACUGUUGGAUAGGAACUCUCCGUGGGCACCUUACGUAGUCCAGAGUCCGGAAGGUCCAAUAUUUGAACAGCGUUUCUGGAAUCCACCAGAGGUUGAUCGCUACACUUUCAAGCACAGCAAAGUGCCCACACGCAGUCUUCGUAUCUACGAGUGUCACAUUGGUAUUGCCUCCGAGGAAUACAAGGUUGCCAGCUACAAAAACUUCACGUACAAUGUCAUACCACGGAUCAAAAGACAAGGUUACAAUGCUCUCCAGAUUAUGGCGAUCAUGGAGCACGCCUACUACGCUUGUUUUGGCUAUCAAGUUACAAGCUUCUUUGCCGCAUCCAGUCGUUACGGCACACCAGAAGAACUUAAAGAGCUCGUGGAAAUAGCUCACAAGGAAGGCCUGUACGUCAUGUUGGAUGUUGUUCAUAGUCACGCAUCCAAGAACGUCAUGGAUGGCCUCAACCAAUUUGAUGGCACCAAUGCGUGUUUCUUCCACGACAUGGGUCGUGGAGAGCAUUCCCUGUGGGACAGUCGCCUCUUGACUACACACAGUAAGCUUAAUAUUAUUUCUCUAAUUUCUAGAUUUGCAUCCCAAGUCAGGGUUUUGCUGUCCAACCUGCACUGGUACCUGAGCGAGUAUCAAUUUGACGGAUUCCGCUUCGAUGGUGUCACCUCUAUGCUGUACCACACUCAUGGGAUUGGCCACGGUUUUAGCGGAGAUUACAACGAGUACUACAACAACGUAGACACGGAGUCUCUGGUUUAUUUGAUGCUGGCAAACCAUAUCACCCACAUGUUCCAUCGAAAUGCUGUCACUAUUGCUGAGGAUGUGUCUGGAAUGCCAGCCCUCUGUCGUCCAAUUGCCGAAGGAGGUGGUGGCUUCGACUACAGGCUUGGCAUGGCUAUUCCAGAUAUGUGGAUCAAGCUUUUGAAAGAGUACAAAGAUGAAGAAUGGAACGUCGGCCACAUUGUGCACUCUCUAUCCAAUCGCAGGUGGAACGAAAAAACCGUGGCUUAUGCGGAGUCACUGACCAGCACUCGUGCCUUUGACAAAAUAUUUCAGGCCCUUGUUGGCGACAAGACAGUUGCAUUUUGGCUCAUGGACAAGGACAUGUACACUCACAUGUCCUGCCUCUCACCCAUGAUCCCCCAUUAUGAUCGUGGCCUCCUGCACAAGAUCAUUCGGAUGAUCACUCACACCCUCGGUGGGGAAGCCUGGCUCAACUUCAUGGGCAACGAGUUUGGCCACCCCGAGUGGCUAGACUUCCCAAGGAUUGGCAACAAUGAGAGCUACCACCAUGCACGUCGCCAGUGGCACCUCGUAGAUGACGACCUGUUGCGCUACAAGUUCCUCAACAGCUUCGACGCAGCGCUGAAUCAACGGAAAAAAAAAUACCACUGGCUCUCAGCACCGCACGCAUUCGUGAGCUGGAAACAUGAAGACGACAAAGUGAUUGCGUAUGAGAGGGCAGGUCUCCUGUUUAUCGUCAGCUUCCAUCCACCAAGAGUUUCUCAGACCUACAAGCUCGGAAUUGAAAUUCCUGGAACAUACUGGGUAGUGCUCGACACAGAUGCGGGAGAGUUUGGCGGCCACAAUCGGAUCGACCACCGUGUGGACGCUUUCACCUUCGAAGAGCCGUAUGCAGGGAGGAAACACUCCAUAAUGACCUACAUACCUAGUCGUGUGGGGCUAGUCUAUGCAAAGGUAAAAGGAUAGGCUGUGGCGAAGCAAAAAAUUCACCAAAAGUAAAGGCGGAGGAAAAAUGACUCGUUUUUUGUUAUACGUCAGGGUCUAGAAACUAGAUUACUAUUUUGUGUACAUUAAUUUGACGCAAUCUAGGCAAAUAAAACUUAUUUUCUACAUAAAACGGUACAAAACGUUUGUGCUGCGAAAAUUUAUGCAUAAACGUAAAUUUUCGGUACUAAGUAACAAGGCCGGUCAGUGUCAUGCCCUUGUCAUACGGGAAGCAUAAAUGUCAUUUCCAGCGAAUGACAUUCUGACUAAAAGUCACUCGUGCUAUGUAGAGACCAUUCACAAAUGAUGACAUUGAUGCUCCAUAAUGCAAAAGGGCACAAACUGGGAAUGACGCCAACACAAGACACAAACCAACAAAAGUAGUACAUAUAAUGUCCAAACCACAUGUCACAAACUUAUAAACACACCGCGUGAGAAAAGCAUGUUUAUUCAUCGUGCCUAGAGACGCCUUCAAUAAGCCCUUGUACUUUAGCUAAACCUUGUUACACUUUUGGUCCUGGUUUUUUCGAUGACGCAUUUUAUACCUUUACCUCCUCUUUUUGUCGCACAGUACGUUAUAUGUUUGUGACACGUGGUUUGGAAAUUAAACUUUUGCUGGUUCGA